AUGGCCGCAAAGACGUACUCUCUUCCCCCGCUCCCGUAUGCGUAUGAUGCUUUGGAGCCCAGCAUCUCCAAGCAGAUCAUGGAACUGCAUCACACCAAGCACCACCAGACCUAUAUCACGAACCUCAACAAGGCCGUUGAGAUAUCAGCCAAAGCUCAGUCUGAAGGUAAAUUGCAGGAUGCUGCGGCCCAGCUGUCAGCCAUCCGUUUCAACGGUGGCGGUCACAUCAACCAUUCGUUGUUCUGGGAAGGUCUAGCACCCUCCUCCUCUCCGGACUCGAAGCUUGAUGCUGCCCCGAAGCUCUCUAGCGCUAUCAAGGACACCUGGGGUAGCUUCGACAAGUUCAAAGAGGUUUUCGGAACCGCCCUACUGGGUAUCCAGGGGAGUGGCUGGGGUUGGCUCGUCAAGGAAGCUGUCACCGGCCAGCUCCGCAUUGUAACUCUCGCAAACCAGGAGGCAGUUGUUGUGGGCGAUACUCCCCUCCUGGGCGUUGAUAUGUGGGAACAUGCCUAUUAUCUUCAGUAUCUCAACGGGAAGGCGGCUUACGUCGAGAACAUCUGGAAGGUGAUCAAUUGGAAGACAGCCGAGGCGCGAUACGCUGGAAGCCGAGAUGACGCCUUCAAGGUACUCAAGGCGAAUAUGUUACAGUUGGAUUCUACACCUCUUUCUUCACCUGAUUCAUAUGCGACAGCGACAGAGUCUCCACGGAAACUAUUGCAUACUACAACAUCAGAUAUUGGCAGCCCUAUCGUCAACGGUAGAGAUGCAGCCGACAAAUCGUAUAACAAGGCCAGCCAGCUUCCCCCGGAACUUAAGCAACACUGUCAAAUUUACUUGGAGGAGAAUUUGUACCUAAUUACUCUCAACCUUUUAAAUAGCCUAUUAUCAUCCAGUCGUAAAGGUCCAAAUGAUCCUUAUUACUGUCCUCCACCGAACCAAUUAUCGCUUCUUAGCACAGCUGUCGUACACCCGAAAUUUACCACUAGACCGAGGGAAGAGGGCUGGUCCGAGGUAUCUGCUGAGUCCCUUGUCUACCUACGAAGUCUCCUUUCUCGCGUAGGACCUAUCAACGGCCGAUUUAAGGAGGCUUUCCGCUUCGCGAGCGCCUCUCGAAAUGGCACACCGGAGUCUUAUUCGGGCGAUGAUCAGAGUUAUGGCGGUGACGACGAUGGUGGCGAGGGCACCUAUACGCAGAUGCGACGUAGACACUAUCAAGAUGGUCUUUGGCGACGGGGACAGGAUUUUUUUCACGUGGUCGGCUGGGCAUUCAAUUGCAGUGUUCUCUACCCAAACCGCUGGCGACACUGGAGACAUUGGCUCAAGUUCAUGAUAGACUUAUUAGAACAAGAUCUCAUUGAACGCCAUAAUCUAGACGUCCAAAAUGGCCAAUCAGACUGCCCUAUGCUUCGGGAUUCAAUUCUAGCCAGUUAUGUUGCCCAACGCUCUGGACGCUCCGCAGGAGGGUUAAAAUGGAUCAUGGAAGCUAUAUUUGCUGAUGGCGGUGUCGCUGCGAGUUCUCGCUUCCAGGAGAUCUGGCAAAAGGAGCACAAGGAAAAUACUAAAAGCACCGCAAAGAAAAGGAAGCGUGAAACUGUCAAUAUUGACAAGGGUAAUUUUGGAGGCUGGCUGGAUGAUGAAUCGGUAUACUCUUCUCAAACAUCUGAACCGCCGACACCACAGAAACGAAGGGUGAAUUCGGGUGAUAUGGGAGACCCGGAUUUCCAAGCGUUAGAGCCCGCCUAUGUAGAGUCGAUUCCUCUACGACAACGUCUCUUCUCCUUGUUAUCAUAUCUCUGUCACUACCUCCCACGGCCUCCGUUAGACCUCUCUGACCUUUACCAGAGGUUUGAAACGACGGUGAAGUCCCUUCCCCUACCCAUCUUUACUGCCUUUGUAAACAAUCGGACGUCGGCCCUAAAGCUAGAAUCGCAAAUAUCUACAUUACAAGGUAUUCUAUUACUCUUAAUGCCCGCGACAGCUCUUUCGCCAGCCAAAAUCGACCGUACCUGGCAGGAUUCAGAUAGCAUAACUACUGAAAUCUUGGAACGUUGUUUUCUUCCUUAUCCUGCGAACACCAUUGCAGUCGAAGACAACGCGAAGGUAUCAAUACUAGUUGAAAAUUUGUUUCAGAUCUUGUGGUGCGAAGGAGGUGGAACAGUAAGCCAAGGCCUUAGAGCAGCAACUGAGAAAGGAAUCGCUGCGAGAGGGGCAAAGGUCAAAAGGAAGAAAACGUCAGCCCGGGGACGAAUGAAUACCGAAGACCCGGAUGUGGAAGCUCGCCUUGUGUUAGAAAUGUCAGGGGACAGGUUACGCGUACUGCUCGACCUUAUUGAAACCGAAAGUAAUGGUUAUGGCGCAAUGGAACCGGAGGCGAUGGAUGAGGAUGAUGACGAAGAUGAUAUUGAUGCUACUUUUAUGACAGCUGCCGAUAACAUGGAGAAGUAUGAAAACGAAGCUGAAGAAAAGCUAUAUUGUUUGUGCCAGGACAAGGAGUCCGGUGAUAUGAUUGCCUGCGACAACCAAAACUGCCCAUAUGGAUGGUUUCACUGGGAAUGCGUCGGUCUCAAGUCAAAGCCAAGAGGAAAAUGGAUGUGUCCCCAGUGCGUACGUCCCAAGCGCGGAAAGCGGAAGUAA